AUGGCAUUCAGCUUCCAGGAGCUCCACGCGGCUGGCCCGUACUACGUACUAGCCACGAUUCUCCAGUGGGAACCGCUUAUUGCCCUUCGAACCAUCGAUCGAGGUUGCACCCAGGAACCAUGGGGCAUUGAGUUUACCGGAUCGUCCAGGAAACUAAAAUUCUUCCCAUCUGUCAAAGUCGGUUAUUACUUGUCGACCAGAUGGGUCUACUUUUGUGGUUCUCGGCGGAUAAGGACCGCUAAAGCCAACCCUGGCGGACAAGGGCCAAGAAGGUUCAGCUGCGCCGCCUGGCUGAACCUUCGCUCUUCUCCGAAGAUAAACAUGCUUUGCACAAUAGCGUCUAAACUUCCCCUAAUGGCGAGAAGACCGUCAGCACGUCCUCUGGAACUCCGUCGGCUAAACCUCCUCGUGCCACUAAUACGUAGCAACUAUCCAGAGGGGGGGCGCCAUGUUGUACCAUUUUCGCCAACUGCCAGCAUCCACGCGGUUGACAAAGACCCUGAGUGGUCAGUGGACGCAGCGGCGGGCUUAGCUCGGGGCACGUCCAUUGGGAAUCAUGCGAUUCACAGGCGUGGUCUUGGACCGUUGGAUAAGCUGAACGUGGCCGAGUGGGAAGGAAGAGAGGGGAGGAUCCAGGCGGAGGAUCGUGGGUUCAAUCUCUCGAUUGGCCAGUCCCGAUCUGGCUAGCUGGCCGAGCAUGAUUCCGCUAGUCCGUUUGUAGUCAACCACCCACACACGCUGAGAGAUCC